AUGUCGUAUGCCUAUCUAUUCAAGUACAUCAUCAUCGGCGACUCAGGUGUUGGCAAGUUCUGCCUGCUGCAGCAGCUCACUGACAAGCGGUUCCAGCCCGUCCAUGACCCCACCAUCGACGUCGAGCCCGACGUCUUCGGCACCAGGAUGAUCCCCGUCGACAACAAGCCCAUCAAGCUCCAGAUCUGGGACACGCCAGGUGCAGAAAGAUUCAGAUCGAUAACCAGAUCAUACUACGAUGAAGUUUCUGGUGCUCUUCUGGUGUAUGACAUCACAAGGAGGGAAACCUUUAAUCAUCUCGCGAGCUGGCUGGAAGAUGUAAUGAAUUUUGCAAUCAAGGGCAUGAUCACAAUAACGCUAGUUGGAAACAAAUGUGAUCUAUCUGAAAGACGUGCCGUGAGCUAUGCUGAGGGUGAGAAGUUUGCAAAGGAGCAUGGCUUGAUCUUUAUGGAGACAUCUGCAAAAACUGCGCAAAAUGCUGAGGAGGUGAUAAUUGAUGUAUUGUCAAAUGUGUUUCAAGCCAUUUCUCUGUACGAUUUUCUCUCGCCAUUUGAAAUGCAGGCUUUCGUUAAGACUGCUGGAGCAAUAUGCAAGAAAAUUCAGGACGGUUUGUUCGAUUAA